AUGGGAAAUGAUUCACAAGUAGAGACAUCGAAGAAUUCGAGCGAUCACGUCGUUGCAAGUACUAAUGAAUUGAGUAUUACGAAUAGAACUGUUCAAAUUUUACAAUAUAAGGGACUCCUAUGGUCAUGUUCUCUAAGAAAAAUAUGUCUUACUGCUCUUUGGCUUCCACUAGGUGCUUUAGUAUUUUGUUACGUAUCAGCGUCUAUAUUUCAAGCAGAUGAUAUACAUGAAACACAUUGUAGGGUUUACAAUGUAGUACCAUCAAUAAGUGCAAUUACGGGAAUCAGCCCGCAAAGAUAUAUAUGGAGAAUAUGCAUUGCAUACCAUCUAGGACCAAGACUGUUAAUAGGUUCAUUAUAUUACAACUAUCAUAGAGAGCGCACUUCGUACAUCGUAGAUGAAAAGAUGCGAGAUUUUGCGGCAAAAUUAGGAGAAGCUUGUUACUGGUUAAAUUUAAUUGAGCUCCUUGCGCUUACAGGCGUUACUUAUGUGUCAAAUAGAGAGAAUUAUUUUAUACACGAAAAAAUUUUCAUUAUAUUUAUGGUAGCAUCAUUACUACAUAUGUUAUGUCGAGCUAGAGUAGGCUGUAUAGCAAAUGACAUCGUAGAGCCAGUCCGUACUAAUAAGCUUGUAUGGAUACUGUUUUAUGUUGCGACUGCGGCUACAUUGGGCCUUAUAUAUUUUUUUCUAAGACAUCGACUACUUUGUCGGCCACUUGCAUUUACGUGGUUCUCAGUUUGCGAAUAUAUCCUUGCAACAGCAAAUAUGGCUUUCCACGCUGUUGUCGUACGAGACCUUCCCAUACACGAAUUGCAGGUAGUAUGCCCCAGCCAUCAAAAGACCAAC